GAGAACUCGGCACUUCCCCCCCCAGAUGUGUCACUGCCAGGCAGAAGAGGCCAGGGGCACCCACGCUGGCACGGGACAGGCUGGGCAGCCCCCAGUGAUGCCCCUUCCCUGGGCCCCAGCAUGGCCAUGGAGCUGAGAGCUCUGUUCCUGCUGCUGCUCUGCUUCCCAGGUCUCCAAGGCCAAACCCCAGAAGUCCAGAGACGACGGGAAGGGGGCACUCUGUACAUCCAGUGUCCUUAUGCACCAUGGAGUAUUGACCAGCAUACAAAAUACUGGUGCCUCCCCCGGGGAAUUGGAGGAUGCCAAGAACUCCUGCACAUACACUAUGAAGGCACCAGACAUUCCAGUGAUGAGAGAAUUGAAAUAAAGGAUAACAGAACUAGUAAGACUGUUUCUGUCACCAUGACUGACCUCAAGGCAGAGGACUCAGGCACAUAUUUCUGUGCUAUUUACAGAUCUUACCAUGACUAUCCACGGCUAAAGACGAUCUCACUGAUUGUUUUCAGGGAGCUGCUCAGGUGGGAGCUGGACACCCUGACAGUGCAGUGCCCAGUGGGGAAUGGCAUGGCCUGGUGCCGAGGGCAGACUGAGUGCACAGCCCCAGCGAGGGGACGGACAUCUUCAAAGCAGAGUGAAAUGAAAUCCCUGCAAGACAGAGUGACAACACAGUAUAACGGUCAAGGGGGUCUCGAUGUCACCAUGAAGAACCUGAAGAGCCAGGACUCUGGUGUGUACUGGUGUGCACUGGGCUCCGAGCGCACCCCGAGAAUGGAGAUCGUGCUCUCUGUGUUCAAGAGGACCCAGAAGCUCACAGCCAAGGAGUCAGGCAACGUCACUGUCCAGUGUCACUACAAGAUCUCAGACUACAAGGAUGUCAGCAAAGCCUGGUGCAAAAUCAAAGAGGGGAAAAUGUGCAACGUGCUGGUGACCACCAGAUCAGAGUCCCCAGCAGGAAACAGCACGGCUCGGGGGGGUGUCAGCAUCCAGGAUGACACCCAGCAGGGCAUGGUCACCAUCACCAUGGAGCAGCUGCAGGUGCAGGACUCGGGCGUGUACUGGUGCGCGCUGCAGGACGGCUCCGCUCUGCUCCGCAUGGAGGAGGUCACGCUCAGCGUUUCCAAGGCAUUGCCUCCAGGAGGUUUUCCAGACUCUGAAGGCCAAAGUCAAGAGACUCUUUUGGGCAACAGCUGCAGUGGGAACACCUUCCUCAUCCUGUCCGUGGUGCUGCUCAUCCUGCUGCUCCUGGCCCUCCUCACCUCCGUCGUCCUGGCUGUCAGGUACUCCAGGCUGCUGCUGAGAACAGGUAUCAGAGAAGCAGAGGACACCAGUGACAGAGCAGAGGGCACAGCACAGCCUGGCAGCACUGGGAGGAGGGAAAGUUCUCAGGAUAACAGCAAAGGGCCAGCAUACAUCAACCUGGAUGUGCAAUCCCACCCCAACCCCGAGGAUCCUCUUUACUGCAAUGUGGAACUGAGUCAGGCUCCCAGGAACCCCCAGCAUGUGGAAUACGCCGUCAUCGCCUUCAGCCAGUCCCCAAGGACCGGCAGGGAGUGAAGCCCAGAAUCCCAGACAAGCCAGAAAUGGGAGGAAGGAACUGGAAUACAGAGUGGGAAUGAGGACUAGGAGGUGUGUGGAUGGACAAGAUGAGUUUUGCUGCUGUGUGUGUGGUGUUGCCUGGGCAUUUUCAGCCCUCCCUCCUGUUUUAGGGCCAGGCAGAGGUUUUGCCACACUCGUGGCAGAUUGUCUCGGGUCAGGAAGAGCUGUGGGGGAAUUCCACAGAUCUCCUGUACAUUGCUUUUCCAAUUCCAUUAAAGUGCAGAAUCUUGGAGAGGCAGGUGUGGAGGCCUGGCCUUGUGAAAAGGAGCAGUGUGGACACAGUUGGGUGGGAUAUCCCAGCUGUGUCCUGCCCCAAUCCCAAGAAUUCAGCUACUAUGCCAAACAAACUCAUCCCAGUGCUGCAGGGACUCAAACCUUGCUGUGACUGGGUUCAUUUUCACGGAAUCGGCUGGGGAUGUGAGUGCUGGAUUCUAAGAAUAAGCAGAACCAGCUCCUGCACUUCCCAGUCUCCGCUGGAAACGCUCCAAAUGACACAUUUGAUUUAGCAGUCAUGUGGGGAGCAACAUGAAAUGAGUUUAUGGGGCUCAGUUCCAUUUCUCCAGGAGCUCUGGCUCCUGAUUUCCCUGCCCCAAGCCCUGCUGGAGGUGACAGACCAAAGGGGCCUGAACCAGCUCUCAUUCCCAGGCCAGUCACAUCCAACAGGCUUCUCUUGCCAGGGCUGCAGCAGGGAGGCUGAUGGAAAUUUUUUGAAGAUUUUCAGAGUUGAUCUGACAGAAAGAAAAAGAAAACGGUUCUGGAAAUGGUUCAUUCAGCCCAACAUUCCCCUAACAAUUUGAUCUUCGUGCAGUUGCACUGGGUCAAGCUUUGGAAGAGUAAUAGCAAAAAACAGUGGAGUGGAAGAGACAUUUUUGGGAAGAUUCUUGAAGAGAAUCCAGAUUUGUGCUCACUGGAACAAGAACAAAACCUGCAAUCAGCCACCUGACAGAAUUUCUGGUCACUGUGAGGGACCAUUUUCUUACCCACUAACUCGAGGAAAGGCACAUUUAGGAAUGGCCAGGCCUGCAGAUUUGGCACCACACCAGUUUUGAAGCCAGGGUCUAUUUGUACUUUCAUGGAAGAUCUCCAAGUAAAUAAAUCACCUCAAAAAUUAAAAACCAGCAGCCCACCCCCAUCCGUCUGCUGAUAUUCUGGGGGGUCUGUGGCUGCAUCCCUGAGCCCCUCCAGCACUGUGGCAUUGGCUGCUCAGAACCCCCAGCAGAGCUCCUGUGCCCUUUGUGCCAGGUACAGAACACAGGUGAGUUCUGGGCUUCUUUAAAAGCACCCACAGCUUCUCGCAGAGCAGUGCCCCUGCCCUGCUCUUUGUGGUUGGGUUUCAGACAAGGAUGCUCCAUGUACAGGCUCUUCUUUCUCCUGGGAACCCAGGGGAUGAUGUCCUUGUCCUCCUUCACCCUCAGGAUGCUGCCAGAGCUACCAGGAGAGCCUCCCUUUCAGCUUUCCAGAAAUUCCCUCCAUGCACAGCUCCUGUAAAUAAUUUAUUGUGAUUUAUCACCAUCGUGCUUGGCGUGCCAGCGCAAGGGAAUGGCUUCCCU